CUCGCCCGAGCCACGACAGUUCGCGGGUCCCGGACUCGGCUGCUGCCGACAUGUCGCCCGAGGACCCCCAGGAAACGCAGCCGCUGUUGCGGCCACCGGGAGCUAGCGCUCCCCGCGGCCGCCAGGUCUUCGUCGCCGCCUUCGCCGCCGCCCUGGGCCCGCUCAGCUUCGGCUUCGCACUCGGUUACAGCUCCCCCGCCAUCCCCAGCCUGCGGAAAACCGCGCCCCCCGCCCUGCGCCUCGGAGACGAUGCGGCCUCCUGGUUCGGGGCUAUCGUGACCCUGGGCGCUGCGGCAGGGGGCGUCCUGGGUGGCUGGCUCGUGGACCGUGUGGGACGCAAGCUGAGCCUCCUGCUCUGCGCCGUGCCCUUCGUGACCGGCUUUGCCAUCAUCACCGCGGCCCGGGACGUGUGGAUGCUACUCGGGGGUCGCCUUCUCACCGGUUUGGCCUGUGGAGUCGCUUCACUGGUGGCACCGGUGUAUAUCUCAGAAAUUGCCUACCCAGCCGUCCGAGGACUGCUUGGCUCCUGCGUGCAGCUGAUGGUUGUCACUGGCAUCCUCUUGGCCUACGUGGCAGGCUGGGUCCUAGAGUGGCGCUGGCUGGCCGUGCUGGGCUGUGUGGCCCCCACCCUCAUGCUGCUGCUCAUGUGCUGCAUGCCAGAGACCCCACACUUCCUCCUGACUCGACACCAGCACCAGGAGGCCAUGGCUGCCCUGCGGUUCCUGUGGGGCUCUGAGGAGGGCUGGGAAGAGCCCCCGGUUCGGGCUGAGCACCAGGGCUUCCAGCUGGCUCUGGUGAGGCGCCCUGGUGUCUACAAGCCCCUCAUCAUCGGCAUUUCACUCAUGGCCUUCCAGCAGCUGUCAGGGGUCAAUGCCAUCAUGUUCUAUGCCAACACCAUCUUUGAGGAGGCCAAGUUCAAGGACGGCAGCCUGGCCUCCGUCACUGUGAGCAUCAUCCAAGUCCUGUUCACUGCCGUGGCGGCCCUCAUCAUGGACAGAGCAGGACGGAGGCUGCUUCUGGCCUUGUCGGGUGUGAUCAUGGUAUUCAGCAUGAGUGCCUUUGGUACCUACUUCAAGCUGAUCCAGAGUGGCCCCAGCAACUCCUCCCAUGUAGGCCUCCUGGAGCCCAUCUCGGCGGAGCCUGCUGAUAUCCAUGUGGGGCUGGCCUGGCUGGCGAUAGGCAGCAUGUGCCUCUUCAUUGCUGGCUUUGCAGUGGGCUGGGGACCCAUCCCCUGGCUCCUCAUGUCCGAGAUCUUCCCUCUGCAUGUCAAGGGUGUGGCUACCGGUAUCUGUGUCCUCACCAACUGGUUCAUGGCCUUUCUGGUGACGAAAGAGUUCAGCAGCGUCAUGGUCUCACUGUGUAGCCUUGACUCUCUUGGAAUUCACUAUAUAGGACAGGCUGUCCUAGAACUCAACAGAGAUCCUCCUGCUGGGAUUAAAGGGACAGUCUCACUCUGUAGUCCAUCUCCUAUCUCUCUGAUUCUUCUGCCCCAGCCCUUGACUUCCCCCCCCCCCCUUCUUGUUCUGUCACGUUGCCACUCCCCCACUGUCUGGACUGUUUAGUGGACACUGUUCUCCCUGGCUUGAUGCUUUUCUCUCAGUUUUUCAUUGAAGAUUCUCAGGGGAGGACACUGAGGUAAGUUCUUGCUCUGCAGCAGCCCAGGCCAACCUAAAACUCAGUGUAUUGAGUGCUGCAAUUCCAUGUAUGCAACGCCACACCCACUUUCACUGACACCUUUUUGUGUCUUUGCUGUGUGUUCUGGAUUUGUGGAUUCCAGUCUUUUUUUUUUUAAAGAUUUAUUUAUGCAUAUUAGUGUUGUAUUUGCAUGUAUGCCUUCAGGAUAGGAGAGAGCCUCAGACUGCAUUCCAUUAUAGAUGGUUGUGAGCCACCAUGUGGUUCCUGGGAAUUGAACCUGGGUCCUCUGGAAGAGCAGCCAGUGCUCUUAACCUGUGAGCCAUCUCUCCAUCCCCUGUGCUCUGGGUUUGUUUUUUUACUUUAUCUUCUACAAAUAUUUUUGCUUUGCCAGUCAUGCUUUAAAGCAAUUUUAAUUUCUUAAGGAUAUUUUAAUUUAUUAAGGAUUAUGAGAACACACUCUCUCGUAGUGAAGGAUCUUGAGCAGAAUCACAGCUUUUGUGGGGUGACAUAUUCUUCUGUGUCACUGAAGCUGAGUGAGCUGUUGGGUGUUGUGGCCCAGGUCUUCUGUGUGAGGCCCAGAGAAACAAAAGCCACGGAGACAGGAUGUACAAAGAGUUAUUGCACGGGGCUGAUAAGGCCUGAGAACUGCAGAGUGAGUCAGCAAGCUGGUGGCCCAGGACUGCUGACAGUGUGACACCAGCCCAAAGACAAGCACGAGAUUCAGGAAAUGGCCGUGCUGCUGCUGACCGAUGACCAUACCCAGCUUUUAGAUGUGGGACCUGGGGUCCAAACUCAGGUCCCGAGGCUUGCAGAGCAAGGCUUUUAUACUGACUGAGCCAUCUCUCCAGCCCUUACUUUCUCUUACUCUCUAUGUCUUCUUAGCAUUUUAUGCCAUUUAAAGGGAUGGAUGCCUUUUCUGUCUUUUCUAAGGAUAUACACUUCCACCAUUUGAAAAUCAGAUUGAUCUGUAAUCCCAGCACUCCAGGAGGCAGAGGCAGGUGGAUCUCUGAAUGUGAGGUCAGCCUGUUUUACAAACGAAGUCCAGGACAGCCAAGGCUACCCAGAGAAACCCUGUCUUGAAAAACCAAAAAAGAAAAUAAAAAAUCAGAUUGAUUGAGGCAUUAUUUACAUAAAC